AUCUGGUGGCCAUCAAUCUUCCAUUCGGGAGAACUCCAACCCAUAAUAAUACUCUUAUCAACUCAUCACCCAUUACAACCAUGGCUCCGACGGCAAAUCUGAACCAAAUUUUCACCACUUUUCCGGCCAUCCCAAAACUUUCCGGCGAAGGGAAACUCCGGUCAGAUGCAGCUCCGCCACGUUUGGCCGGAAACAAGGUAGAGGAAAGUCAAAAUCAACCAUUAAAACCGACAAGAAGACUAGCGUUAGGCCUUGGGUCGAUCGGACUUUUUGCAAAUUCUAACGUUGCGGUUUCUCUCGCCGAAGACAACGGUUUCUGGCUCACCGGACCCAUUCCGAUACCCCGGGCAUCAAACAUGAUCGAUAAUGUGGAGACGGGUACACGGUCUUUUCUGAAAACGGGCGUGUACAUAGCUGAUAUCGGGACUAAAGGAAGGGCAUUCCGGCUAAAGAAAUACGCUUUCGAUUUGUUGGCAUUAGGGGAUUUGAUAGGGAAAGAUGCAUGGAAUUAUGUUCGGAAGUAUCUCCGACUGAAGUCAACGUUCAUGUACUUUGACUUCGAUAAAGUGAUCUCCGCAGCCACACCUGAUGACAAGCCACCGCUCCUCGAUCUUGCAAAUAGAUUGUUCGAUAGUGUCGAAAAGUUAGAAGUUGCAGUCAAGAACCAAGACCUUCCUCAAACAGAAUUACUGUAUUCGAACACAACGGUCAUUCUUGAAGAAGUUAUGACUAAAAUGGCAUAAAUCUUAUGAUGCCACGAGAAUGUACAUGACAUGAUUGUGAAUUAUCUUCGAUCAAUUUACGUUUUCUUGUUAACGUUUUAUUCC